AUGAAUCAAGUACCUGAAUGUAUAAUAUGUUAAGACAUAUACUAUACACCUGUAACUUUGCAUUGUGGUCAUACAUUUUGUAAAGAAUGUGCAAUCCAAUCAUUAUUAAUAAAACCUUUAUGUCCUAUGUGUAGAACCCCAACAAUAGGUAAUCCCCAAAAUCUGAGACCAAAUACAACAUUAAUGAAUACUAAUGAUGAAAUAUUUUAAGAUAUUUUUGAAGACGGGUUCGAAUUUAGUGUCUGUGAAGGUGUCGAGCAACAUGUCGCAAUAAUUAUCUUAUGA